AUGUCUCUACUGUCUUAUGAUUUUCCUCGAUCCAACAAAUCUCCUUUCGAAAAUGUUCGGAAAAUGGAACAAGUCUAUGGGCAUUUCAUGGAAUAUGGUGAACAAUUGGCGAGGAUUUUGAGAUCGCCAGCGGUUUGUAGAGGAUUUUCCAGCUACUUUGAUAAACACCAGUGGAUUUGGAGAAAAUGGCCACCGGAAAGAGAAACGAAACUACUAGAGUAUAGGUGAGUAAGAGCGGAACGAGUCGAAACCGCAAGCUUCCGCGUAUGCGGCCACGUGGUAUGCUAUGACAUGGAAAUCGUGCUGAAAUUCCACGUGGCCGCUGCGCGGAAGCUUGCGGUAUACACUCGCGCCUCUGGCGCUCGCAGUGGCCACGUGAAUUCUUACAAUUUUCAGAUCAUUGAAACGACAUUUGCACGUUGUAUCGCAUCUAGAAAAUCGAGAAAUCGGUCAAAAUACCCAUGGAAAACGAAAUUUGGAGAGCACAAUUCUGGUCUCCGAAUGUCGAGAAUAUCGAUUCGAUCAAACAAUUUUCCCCAGCGGGUUAGAUGAACCAAUGUAUUGGGCAAAUCGAAAAAUAAUUAUGGAAGAUUCACAAAAACAAGUGGAAUAUGAUGAGAACCUGACAACAAUCAGAGAUCUAGUGCACCAAAAUCGAGAUAGCGAAAUGCAUCCGCCAGAAAAUGAUGAAUAUAUGCUGAUGCGAAAAAUAGUAUUUCUUAAAUAUUUUGAAGUGGAAAAAUAUUUGUUGAUUUUGCGAGAUGACUCAUUGCAAGUCCAUGAUUCGGUGAAUUCGGAAACGCCGGUGAAGAAUUAUUAUCUACCACUAGGUUUGGAUAAUCAGUGAGUGAGAAAUUAAAUCUAAGACAAAGAAAAAUUGAAUUUAGGAACAUCGAAAUAAAAAAACAGAACGAAUCAAUAUUUGUGGAGGGGUUUAUAAGCGAAAAUUUGAAUAGUUUCAAGGUGUUUUUCAUUUUCAAUGUGUUUCCCUUCGAAUUUGUUACGAGUUUUAAAAUCUGUCAUUGUGUAAGUCACUCAAUUGAUUGAUCAAAUUUCACAAACAAAACAAAAUUGUUUUCAGACAAUUGAGGAACACCGAGAGACAAUUGUGAAAUUCGUUCUCAAAGAAGACAUUCUUCAAGUUCAAACCACACGUCAGACAAUGCUUUUUUCACUUGAAAAAAUACUGGAAAUUCAUGGACAAUCCGGAAUAGUUGCUGAGCAAUCUGAUGAUUUUGAUAUUCAACAAAAACUUCCUAUCGUUUUCACAGUUUGCGAUUUGGGAGAACCCUUGCGAAUUUUUCAUGGAAAUUUUUGGGUGAGUCUUGUAGGGAGAAGAGGGAGAUAGUACUUCACGAUGAAACAUACUAAUUCGACCGUGCUGAUCACAAUUCGAAGGUCAAAAAUUGCCAAAACUAGUGAAAUAUAUCAAAUCGACUAUGCUUAUCGCGAUCCUGAAGUCAAAAAUCGCGAGUGACCCCUGUGAGCACUUUUCUGGAGCUACAAAAUUGGAUUUGAGUUUUGGUUUUCACUAUUUUCCCAGGUGAAAACUCAACUUCUAUAACUUGUUGUCCAGCACAUUCGAAAACUGUCAUAAAUAUUUUUGAUGAAAUAAAUAGCUUAGCAAAAAUUAAAUUCUAACUUUGGAGCUCCAAAAAAGUGAUCACAAUGAUCUUCGGCAAUUUUUGACUUCGGAAUCGUGAUCAGCAUGGUCGAUUUAGUAUAUUUCACUAUAUUUCAUCAGUUUUUUUCUACAGAAACUCUACUAUUCUCCAUCAACUCCUCUUAUUGUUGGCUACAUUUUAAAAGGUUCGGAAAAAGUAAAAAUUGAACAACUGACGGCUCCUGGAGUUCCCACAUCUUUGGUUCAUACGACGAAAAGUGCAUUGACUCUAGAAGAAGAUAUGUCGCUUCACCCAAUGAUUUUUCCCGAUGAUAAUACGUCGACAUUUUUGGAGAUUGAAGAAUUCGAUUUGGUGCAAUAUUUUGUUGGAAAUGAUUUGGAGAAAAAGGAAAAUUGGAGAACGAGAAUAUUUACGGAGUUUGUGAUCAGAAAUGCUACUUCAAAUGAUGAAACCGGAAAAUUCGCGGUGGGUGACUUGUAGAUUUUAACCCGCUGAUCACGAUCAGCGGGUCGAAAACUAUUAGAAAUCAUAUAUUUUAUCAAAAAUCGUUUCUACAGAGAUGCCACAACAUCGAAAAACUGAACAACGACACGUUGAUUGUAGAUUUAUCGAUUGAUUUUAACAGAAUCGGUCCUGUCUGUGAAACAAUCUCAGCGCGUGAUCAUGCUAUGAUUGUUCAACUCAAAUACAUGGUUGAUUAUAAAAAUGGCGAAAUUCUGAGAAUUAUUCCGAUGUGUGGGCUUAAAGAUCAACAAAAAUAUCGAUUUUCGGAAUGCGAACUAAUCAAAUUUGAAGACGAUUUAAUGAUUAUUAAUAGAGAUUCGGAAGUGAAGAAUAAAUUGGAGAUUUGGGAAUUGGUUGAACCUCAACAAUAUAUUCAUGAGAAAGAAUAUCAUGGAGAAAUUUGGUUCGAUAUCUUUUUGAGUAGUUAUGUUUGGGAUCUCGAUGAAGAAGUUGACUAA